AUGGCUGCUGCCGCGGAGGCAGCCGUCGCAGGCAGCAGCAGACCCGGAGGUAGCAGCGCUGCGGAACCCGCGAAUCUUGCCGGGAAAUCCGGGCGGUCGGAGCGCGAUCGCGUGUACGACAUUCCCUGGGUGGAGAAGUACCGGCCGCAGCGCGUGGAGGACAUAGUGGGCAAUGAAGACGCGGUUUCGAGACUCUGCGUGAUCGCACGAGAUGGCAACAUGCCGAAUCUAAUCUUCGCAGUAUUCCUGGAGCUGAACGCGUCUGUCACCUCCACCUCCACUCCCCCUUCCUCCCUCUUUUUACCUCCUCAUCUUCUCAAUCCCGCAAGGUCCCCCGGGCCGGGCACUGGGAAUGCAACCAGUGUGUUGGCCCUAGCGCACGCACUGCUGGGCACCAGCGACCGCGGCGCUGUGUUGGAGCUGAACGCGUCUGCCACCCUCACCUCACUCCUGUUGCCCCCCCUGUGCCUCCUCACUCCCCGUCUAGGGUUUCCUUCUCAGGGUCCUCCAGGCACGGGCACGACGACCAGUGUGCUAGCCCUAGCGCACGCACUGCUGGGUCCCAGCUACCGAGACGCUGUGUUGGAGCUGAACGCGUCUGGCGCUCUCACUCCAUCCCCCCCUUGUUCCCUCAUCCCUCAGGGCCCUCCUGGGACGGGCAAGACAACAAGUGUGCUAGCCCUUGCGCACGCACUGCUGGGUCCCAGCUACCGAGACGCUGUGUUGGAGCUGAACGCGUCUGGCGCUCUCACUCCAUCCCCCCCUUGUUCCCUCAUCCCUCAGGGCCCUCCUGGGACGGGCAAGACAACAAGUGUGCUAGCCCUAGCGCACGCACUGCUGGGUCCCAGCUACCGAGAUGCAGUUCUCGAGCUGAACGCGUCUGACGACCGAGGGAUUGACGUGGUUCGCAACAAGAUCAAGAUGUUCGCCCAGAAGAAAGUCACUCUGCUUGGCCCCCCUGCUCUCCUGCUCCCCUGCCCCCCUGCUCCCUCCCUUGCCCCCCACCCCCCCUUUGCUCCUCUGCUCCCCUGCUUCCACAUCCCCCAGGGUCCGCCAGGCACUGGGAAAACCACGAGUGUAUUGGCAUUAGCACACGCACUGCUGGGUCCCAGCUACCGAGACGCAGUCUUGGAGCUGAACGCGUCUGACGAUCGAGGGAUUGACGUGGUUCGCAACAAGAUCAAGAUGUUCGCCCAGAAGAAAGUCACUCUGCCUUACCCCCUGCUCCCCUGCGCUCCCUCCAUUGCCCCCCUCCCCCUGCUCCCCUGCUCACCUGCUCCCUCAUAUCUCCAGGGUCCCCCGGGCACUGGGAAAACCACAAGUGUGUUGGCUCUGGCACACGCUCUCCUAGGUCCCAGCUACCGAGACGCAGUCUUAGAGCUGAACGCGUCUGACGACCGAGGGAUUGAUGUGGUUCGCAACAAGAUCAAGAUGUUCGCCCAGAAGAAGGUCACUCUGCCGCCCGGGCGGCACAAGGUUAUUCUCUUGGACGAGGCGGACAGCAUGACAGCAGGGGCACAGCAGGCCUUGAGACGAACCAUGGAGAUCUACUCCUCCACCACUUGCUUCGCCUCGCAUGCAACGAUUUGA